AUGGAAGGAGUUCUCAGGGUGUUAGAAGGAAUUGGGAAUAUGAUGGAUAGGCAAGCUCAAGAACGAGCUAACGCGACUGCCCAAGUUGUUGAGGCCACAGCUGCUUUAGUUAAUGAAAAUGCGGGGGAUCCAGAGGCUGCUUCUAAAUGGGUUGAGGAGUUAGAAAAAGCUUUUGCUUUAUUGGGGUGUACUGAAGCAGAGAAAGUGACGCUGGCAGUGUACCAGCUUCAGGGUGCUGCGAAUGAUUGGUGGAAGGCCACGCAGGGCCGAGUGUUUCCUACGGGCGUGGAUCAGAAUUGGACGACCUUCGUUCAGGCUUUUAAUGAGAAGUAUUUCUCGAACCAAAUGACUGUGGAUCAAUAUGAGGUAGAAUUUGCCAGGCCGUCUAAAUUUGCACCGAGAAUGGUAGACCAUCCUGAGGACAAGGCGCGAAGGUUUCGAGAUGGAUUAAGGGUCGAUAUCCGCAGCCAAUUGAUACCGGUGAAUUUGAGAACUUACGAGGAAUUAUAUGAGAGGGCUCAAGCUAUCGAGCAGGAUAUGAUGGAUAGAGCUGCCGCGUCUAGAUCACGGUAUACCUCAGCCAGGGACAAUCGUCAGCAAGGAAAAAGGCCAAUGAUGGGAAACCGACGUUUCGUUCCUUUGGCAAGGAGGAAUUGGGAAAUCGUCACAUCAAGCUAA